AUGCUCGAUAAAUAUAAGAAUUCAUUAAUGAGUUGUAGUGCAUUUAAAGAGAGUGGUGUAUUAAAGGGAUGGGGGGAGAGGCUUUUGAUAUAUGAUCUGAUGCAAUAGGUAAAGGAUUGAUAUAUACAGAGAUACUCAGGUAUAUUGAUGUCAAGGGUUAAACAUAAAAGUAGUUGUUAAUUCAAAAUUAUAUAAUCCAUCCAGUUGCUUUUCAUCAAGGGAAAUGGGCAAUAAAGCUCAAGACUCAAUAGGAAAUAGAACCUAAAGUGGUACGAUUUGGUUGGAAUAAUCAAUCAGAGGCAUUAUAGUGGUAUGAUUUUUUUAAUGGGAAAUACCUGGCAACAUAAAUAAAAAAAGAGAACCAAGAGAAAACAUUAUAGGAAUGGGAUUAAUUUAUGCCAGAAUCUGAGAGAGUGAUAAAUUAAGGAGUCCCUUUAAUGGCCAUAAAGCCAAGUUAAAUAUCUCGAAUGAGGUAGAUGAUUCCAUUACUGCCUUAAUUUUUAUAAGUAAAUAGUAAUAUAAAUAUAAGAAUGACAUUGAAAUAAUAUUGGAAAACACUCAUGAAAAUUUAUAAGGCUUUUCAGAUAUCCAUUCCUUUAAAGUGCUAUUUCAAUCUUAGAAAAAAUAACUUUAUUAAGAUCCAAAUGAUUCUUUACAUAUGAGAUUUUUUUUAAAAUCAGAAAUGCCUCCUGCAAGAAUUUUCGAUGUAAUGAUGAUGUUUUUUUGAUAUAUUAGGAAUUAUCUAUACACACAUUCGUUGAUAAUUGGAAUCCUUAAGUAUCUAUUUAUUAGGUUUACCCAACCAAAAAAGAUUGUGCAAUAAUCUUCACAGAAUUCGAUAUGGAUUAGAAGUUGUCCAAUAACCAAUUAAAAUAAAAUGAGUUUGUUUCACAAGAGAGCUUUUGUAAAUAGUCAAAGUCUCACUCUCUAAAUUCGAAUCAAAAAAUUAGAUUAAUUUACACCUAAAAGCAUUUUUAAAUAGAUNAGUAUAACUGACUAUUUAAUUCUUAAUUUAAAUCAAGUUUCAAGUUGCUUCGAGAACUUUGAGAUAGUAGUUGAUGAUAUCUCCUUAUUUAAAGGUUACUUAAGUAAUUUAUUUUGAUAAAUAUUAGAUGCGAGAACAACAGAUAAAUUAGAAUAUAUUCUGAAUUACUCGAGAGAAUUUUCCAAUUUAUAAAAUAAGUAUAAAAUAUUGUCGUAUUUUAGUUAUUUUAAUAAAAUUGA